GAGGACGACGAGGAGGGUCACAUACCUCACACACACCACUUCACACACCCUCCCCACACCCACACUCUUGCCCCAAUCCGUGAUGGACUACCAGCAGCACUUAUCAAGAGAGAGCCUGGACUGGAGGACACCAACGAUGGCCGACCAGCAGCACUUAUCAAGAGAGAGCCUGGACUGGAGGACACCAACGAUGGACUUCUUCUACAACACCACUGCACUUCUUCUGGGACUUUUCACAACGGUGCUAAUGAAAACAUGGCUAAAACCAACGGUGCUCAACUGAUUGCCGGUCCGGAUUCAGAUCCGGUGUCACCAGAGUCCCAAAAUACUACAAAAAACACGUUCCCCAAAGGCAGCUCUGAGCUGGAGGAUGCACUUCCGGACGACACCAUAGCUGUUCCUCUGAAGAAGAUAAAGUUGGAGGAACCGUGGGUGUGGUCCAUGGACCAGUCCUCCACCCCACUAGGGGGCGAUGAUGACGAUGUCUAUGAGGACGCUUUGUCCACGCUAGCAGCUGUGGUGUGUUUCUCUAUCACAGACAGGAAGGGUCUGGAGGAGAAGUUGUGUAGCUCCCGUUCCCCGGUGCUACACUCAUUCAAAACAGAGCCGGAGGACUUUAAGGAGGACUUUAAGGAGGACAUUUGCCUGAAAAGCCAAUCAUCAUUGAUCAAGCCCAUCAGUCCACGAAAAGCUCUCGACAUUAUUGUCAAACGAGAGCAACCCUCUCCAGAUCUCUCUCAGCCAAGCAUCCAGUCUUUGGUAGAAGAUAGGAAUAUUAGCAAUGACCAGGCUAUCGCUAUCGAGGCGCUAACCUUACUGGCAGCUAUACCACAAAACUCCCCAGAACCCUUUAGACCUGACGCACAGGGUGAAAACCCCACCACACCCUCCAUGCACUUAUCCAACAGAAACACCCUUCUCCAGGACUCCAACAAAGUUCUAGUGAUCAGCUCCCCUCUGCACCAGACCUCAGUCAUAUGCUCCCCUCUACACCAGACCUCAGUCAUACGCUUCCCGGUGGCCAGACAGGCUCAUGUCAUCCAGUGUCAUUCCCAUAGCCCCACUGCCACUGGCAACCUGUCCCUACAGGACCUGCUAGAAGCCAGCUCGGACUGUGACAGACUUCCCUACAACAGCACUGAGAGAGGAGGACAACACCUGUACAGGAGAGCAGACCAAGGCCUUGGUUCUCAACAUAACAGGGGCGAAGGCACUUUCAGAGAACGGAAAGACAUGGAGAAGAACAGCAAGGAAACAACAGAGAGGACGGUGGAUAAGAGCGGGAGGAACAGGGAUGAGGAAGAGGUGGCGGCUCAACUUGCCGAGUUGGCGUUCAUCAUCCAAUCACGUCAUAAGCAGCAGCAGGGUUUCCACCCCUCCCAGCACUCGGAGAACAACCCUCCCAGAGGAACUCCAGUCUCGGCCAUCAAGUACAACUACAACUCCCAACAUGCACCCCCCAACCACAAGAAGAACCCUGUGAAGAAACCCAGGACCACACUUUCCAAACCUAGGAAGAAGAAAGGGAUGGAGGGGGUGGAAGAGGAGGGCUACAACCCCAACAACCAUACCCCCCUGUCCAAACGAACACCCAACGGCAAGACCCCCCACAGAGCAAGGGUCCAGAAGGUUCUGCCCAAGCCGAAGGCAUCAUCGCUCAGCCACAAGAGGAGCCUGUUCCUGCCUCAUGCCCAGAUGGAUCUGAAGAGGUACCUGACUGAGGCUCAGGAGGAACGACGGCAGCUCUUUUACUACAGUAACGCCCACAGUGGGGUCAAAUACCACAAAACCUCUGGAGCCGUCGAUCGUGGCCGAAGUCAAGGUUAUGGUCAUGACAACCAACAGUGGUCGCAUUUCAACGGUCACCUGGACCCUUUACAAGGACAAGGAGUUGGACACGGACAUGAGUGUGAAAGAGGAUUGUAUUCUCAUGUAUCGCAGCCCUAUGUUGGGCAGCAGCACGGUGCUAACCUAAAGGCUAGCUCCACCAACCCCAGUUUCACCAGUUUAGAUUCUAACAACCACAGAUCCGGGUUGAACCAUGGUUUAUCCAACGGCUACUCCUCUGGGGGUCAACAGCAGGGGCAUUACAAAGUGGAGAGGUCCGGUCCGGUCACCGUCUUGUCCACGUCAACUAACGCCGAUUUGGAUCUAUCGGAGGAGUCGACGCCCACCAAACACAACGUGAACAGCUUCCUGGAAUCGCCCCUCAGGUUCCUGGACACGCCCACUAAGAAUCUGCUCAGCACCCCCUCCAAGAAACUCUCUGAGAUCCCCUCCUGUGGCUGCAUGGGUGAGUCACCCUGAUGAUGAUGAUGAAGAUGGAUGAUGAUGAUGGUGAUGAUGAUGAUGGUGGUGAUGAUGAUGAUGAUGAUGAUGAUGAUGAUGAUGAUGAUGAUGGCUUUCUUUGUAUCCUUUGGGAAAUUAUUUGGUGUAAUACAGCAUGCUACAUACUCUACUGUGGUUAACUGGUGCUGUAUUUGUCACAUCUAAGGAUAUACCAUUUGUUUGCCUGAAAUCAGCUGAAGAUGCGUUCUACAAACUACUCUUUCUCCACAGAGCACAUCGUAGAGAAGGAGGAGGGUCCGUAUUACACUCAUCUUGGUGCUGGACCCAGUGUGUCAGCCGUCAGAGAGAUGAUGGAGAACAGGUAACAACAACAAAUAAGACAAACUGCAUCAGUUAUUUUAUUCCAUUCCAUAAACAAGCUUGGGGGUAAAACAAGUGUUUCUUGUUGCACAGCCAUUUUACUUCCUGCAUUCAUAGUCCCAUUGGGAUGGCAAACCUGUGAGGUGCUAAUCCACUUCUGUUUUCAUGACAAAUCUAUUAGCUGUGUAAUACUGAUAAGAUAAUAGAGUUGAUAUGAAAACAGGAGUGGCUCAGUGCCUCACAGGUUGGUUUACCAGUAGGCUUAUAGAGCUAGGCUAAUCUGUAUAACUGCCUGACUUUAUUAACCUACUGUAUGUAGCUGUAUAUUUUUCUAAAUGUUUGGUACAUGCCUUGCGAUCUAGAGGGCGGCCUUUUGCAUCCCUCCAGUGGUCCAAAUGGGGAAUCUGUACUCUUGCCAAUAUCAUGGAUAGUAAUGGUUUGAGAAAGAUACAAACACAAUACCAGCCAACUCCUUUUUUCUAUAUUUACAACUUAGGUCAUCUAUUAUGGCCUAUGGAGUCCCUUGGGAAACCCAACUGCUGAACCGUCCAAUGAUGGGAUUUAUAAAUAAACUAUCUGGGCUCCCGAAAGGACUGAUCUCUAUAAUAUAUAAACAACUUUAGGAAAGCUCAUAUUCUGAGCUAGCCAUUAAAAAUGUAUGGUCCACAGAUCUAAUAGAAUCUGUAAAAACCCUUUAACCCCUUACUUUCGGGUGAAUUGGCCUAUAUGGAUAGGGUGAAUUGGCCUAAAUUGAAAUGUUUCUUUGAGAAGAAAUAUGGAAAGCAUAACCAUGGUAGCAAUUAAAAGGGAACAGUUUAGAGAUUAUGGGAAAAUUAUUAGACUAAGGGUGAGGACAUAACAGUUCACCUGACACAACACUGAAUCCAAACAUUACACUGUUGAUUUUAUGUGCAUUUGACAUUUACUGUACUUUUCGCCGCAUUUGUUGAUAACAAAAUUGGAAAAUACUCUGGAUACAUUCAGUAACAUGAUAAGAAUAUUCCUGUAAAAUGUGCAACAUAAGACAAAAAAAUUACAAGGGUUUGUUUGAGUGAGAGGACUAACUGGUGUCCCCAAGUGGCCACACACCUCUCCAAAGUGUGCACAGUUCCUAAGUCAUUUCAAUGCACUUUUAUGACUCAAAGAGUCUUCAACUAUAAGGUGCUUGUUUGAGCUCUCCUAGCUGUGCUGUUGAGGAACUAGAGCAGCACACUGGUAGUUGUUUUAUUUGGAACAUAGCCCUGCAUCCCCUCCUUUACACAAUUACUGGUGUUGUUUACGCAAUCCAAAAUGGUCCAUUAUAAAUCACAAUCUGGGUCAGGUGGGCAUGAUUUGAAAGCUUAUAGAGCCAACAUGAUUAGCUAAAUUAUAUAAAAUACGAUCUUACAGUGUUAGGCUUUCACAAUGCAUUUCAGAGAAGCAGAUUGUAAUUUUGGUGCGCAUAGAAUGGAGUCAUGAGUGCAUUCAGAUGCGUGGUCCGCAGCAAAUGUUCUUCACAACAGACAAACAUAAGGUCAUUCUGUUUAGAACAACCCAGGGUAUGAUGCUAUGUCAUCUUGUAACUAUACAUCAGUGUCCAAAUCUGCCAUUUUUAACCCGUAUACGGGUACGAUUGUAAAGGGCUACCUGGAACAGAAUAUGGAUGUGGAAGUGCCCUGCAGUUAAAUGCUUCUGGGGCAAAGUUAAUUUAGAAGUGCAUGAAUGUAAAUAUCCAAUGCUUUACAUCUACUAUGUUACUUAACGAUGAUAGCUCCUUGAAUCUCUCAAUCAAUCAGAGAUGAUUACUGCUGCAGGCAGAACUGGCGCAAAAAAAAUAUGUUGGCUCUUAGAUGGCAAUCACCCCCACUCUCUCCCAAUUCACCAGUGGAUACUAUACUAAUUUACUAUUAGAAGUUCUAACAUUAGAAUUAUCGACAGCGAGAAUGAAUGGUGCAAGUCAAGGAACAAUUGAGGCCUGGACAAAUAUACUUGACUAUGUUUGGAGGAAUGGGAUGGGAGGUUGGGUGUCGAGGCCCACUUCUUUUUUGUUUUAUUUUCAUGUUUGUACAGAAUGUAUUAUUACUUAAACUUUAAAAUAUGAUCAAAAUUAUCAAUACUUUGUAGUUAUGUACCUUUUGUAAUGUUUUUCAUUUGAUUUUUCCCUUUUUUUAUUUUUCUUCCAAGUGGCAGCCCACAGGUACAAUAUAUGAAAUAAUGACGAUAUAUGGAAUAUGAAAUUAUAUGAAUUUAAAUAUUGUACCUGUAACCCCUCCAACUAAAAAAUUACAAAAUAAAAAAUGUCGUAAAAAAUAUAGAUAUAUAAUUCUGGAACAGCCGGCUGUACAGUCGUGGUCAAAAGUUUUGAGAAUGACACAAAUAUUAAUUUUCACAAAGUCUGCUGCCUCAGUUUUUAUGAUGGCAAUUUGCAUAUACUCCAGAAUGUUAUGAAGAGUGAUCAGAUGAAUUGCAAUUAAUUUCAAAGUCCCUCUUUGCCAUGAAAAUGAACUUAAUCCCCCAAAAACAUUUCCACUGCAUUUCAGCCCUGCCACAAAAGGACCAGCUGCUUUGCACAAAAAGGGCUUCACAGGCAAGGAUAAGGCUGCUAGUAAGAUUGCACCUAAAUCAACCAUUUAUCGGAUCAUCAAGAACUUCAAGGAGAGAGGUUCAAUUGUUGUGAAGAAGGCUUCAGGGCGCCCAAGAAAGUCCAGCAAGCGCCAGGACCGUCUCCUAAAGUUGAUUCAGCUGCGGGAUUGGGGCACCACCAGUGCAGAGCUUGCUCAGGAAUGGCUGCAGGCAGGGUGUGAGUGCAUCUGCACGCACAGUGAGGCGAAGACUUUUGGAGGAUGUCCUGGUGUCAAGAAGGGCAGCGAGGAAGCCACUUCUCUCCAGGAAAAACAUCAGGGACAGACUGAUAUUCUGCAAAAGGUACAGGGAUUGGACUGUUGAGGACUGGGGUAAAGUCAUUUUCUCUGAUGAAUUCCCUUUUUGAUUGUUUGGGGCAUCCGGAAAAAAGCUUGUCUGGAGAAGACAAGGUGAGCACUACCAUCAGUCCUGUGUCAUGCCAACAGUAAAGCAUCCUGAGACCAUUCAUGUGUGGGGUUGCUUCUCAGCCAAGGGAGUGGGCUCACUCACAAUUUUGCCUAAGAACACAGCCAUGAAUAAAGAAUGGUACCAACACAUCCCUCCGAGAGCAACUUCUCCCAACCAUCCAAGAACAGUUUGGUGACGAACAAUGCCUUUUCCAGCAUGAUGGAGCACCUUGCCAUAAGGCAAAAGUGUUAACUAAGUGGCUCGGGGAACAAAACAUCGACAUUUUGGGUCCAUGGCCAGGAAACUCCCCAGACCUUAAUCCCAUUGAGAACUUGUGGUCAAUCCUCAAGAGGCGGGUGGACAAACAAAAAUCCACAAAUUCUGACAAACUCCAAGCAUUGAUUAUGCAAGAAUGGGCUGCCAUCAGUCAGGAUGUGGCCCAGAAGUUAAUUGACAGCAUGCCAGGGCGGAUUGCAGAGGUCUAUACUGCAAAUAUUGACUCUUUGCAUAAACUUAAUGUAAUUGUCAAUAAAAGCCUUUGACACUUAUGGAAUGCUUGUAAUUAUACUUCAGUAUACCAUAGUAACAUCUGACAAAAAUAUCUAAAAACACUGAAGCAGCAAACUUUGUGAAGACCAAUACUUUUGACCACGACUGUAUAUACACCGAGUAUACAAAACUCCUGCUCUUUCCAUGACAGACUGACCAGGUGAAUCCAGGUGAAAGCUAUGAUCCCUUAUUGAUGUCACUUGUUAAAUCCACUACAAUCGGUGUAGAUGAAGGGGAGGACACAGGUUAAAUAAGGAUAUUUAAGCCGUGAUACAAUUGAGCCAUGGAUUGUGUAUGUGUGUAAGUGUGCCAUUCAGAGGGUGAAUGGGAAAGACAAAAGAUUUAAGUGCCUUUGAACGAGGUAUGAUAGUAGGUGCCAGGCGCACCGGUUUGUGUCAAGAACUGCACCGCUGCUGGGUUUUUCAUGCUCAACAGUUUCCCGUGUGUAUCAAGAAUUGUCCACCACCCAAAGGACAUCCAGCCAACUUGACACAACUGUGGGAAGCAUUGGAGUCAAUAUGGGCCAGCGUCCCUGUAGAACGCUUUUGACACCUUGUAGAGUACAUGCCCCGACGAAUUGAGGCUGUUCUGAGGGCAAAAGGGGUGGGGGGUGCAACUCAAUAUUAGGAAGGUGUUCUUAAUGUUUUGUACACUCUGUGUAUAUUCCUGUGUGAACCACCUGCCCUGCCAAAGGCCUGGUCUCCCACAGGGCUCCUGGUGUUCAUGGAAUGAGGUGGGGCUUUCAGUAAUAGUAUAGCUCAUAUAUUAUAGAGGCUGUCGUUGAAGGAAAGCAGCACCAAGCUGGCAACACACACACACACAGAGAUACAUAUUCCCACAUACAAAAACACACACACACCCUGCGUGUUAGAACAGGAAACCUCUAGGGCCGAGUCGAUGUCCAUGAGGAGAGUCUCUCUGCUCUGUAGUUUCUGCUGAAUGACAUCAGUGCCCUAGUUUUAAACAGUUUUUACUGGUUUUGAGUUAUUCCAAAAACUAUUGCUGCAUUUUGGCUAGUAAUGUAGUCCCACUGUCUUUUGCUAGCGUUCUCAAAAUGUGAUUUGUGGCUGUAUUGACAGUCAUUGCAAGAUUUAAGUGUUGGGAGAGAUGAUGUUACUGAAAGGAUUGUGUGUGUGUUCUAAGGUGAGAAGUGUGAAACGUCAUUAAUAUAUGAUGCAUGUUAUUGCUGUGGGUGUUUAAAGGUAUGGAGAGAAAGGGAAGGCAGUAAGGAAUGGAGGUGGUGGUGUACACUGGGAAAGAAGGACGCAGUUCCCAGGGCUGUCCCAUCGCCAAGUGGGUAAGUACCUUGUGUGCGUGUCUGUCUGUGUGUGUGUGUGUGUGUGUAUCUGCAUGUCUGUGUAGUAACCCCUCUCUCUCCCAGGUGAUCCGACGGGGCAGUGAGGAGGAGAAGCUGCUGUGUCUCGUGAGACACCGAGCAGGGCACCGCUGUGAGAGUGCUGUGGUUGUGAUCCUCAUCUUGGCAUGGGAGGGCAUCCCCCGGGGCAUGGCAGACAGUCUGUACCAGGAGCUCACCCAGACUCUCUGUAAAUACGGCUCCCCCACCAGCCGGCGCUGUGCCCUCAACGAGGAGUGAGUUACUGAAACAACAGACUUAUACGUAUUAUUUAUAACAGGCUUACACAUAAACAUUUACAUUCAUAGAACAAAUUAUUGUCAUAACAACGGAGUGAGUUAUUUUCUUUCUAGCAUUUCUAGAUAGUGACCUGUCUCUUUCCCGCUCUCUUCAGUUGCAAUUGUGUGCCAGGAUCUAAACUGAUUGUCCACAUCAUCCCCACUCUCUCGGCAGCACAGAAAACAAGCGAAAACCACGCGCCCAGGCGCGAACGCGGCGAGCGACGAGAAACAGAGACCGAGACACGAAGUAAGACGAUGCCCAAGAAGAAAAAGCGAGAGCCUCCCCUCCGCAAGCGCGAUAAGAAACCCAAGAGAGCGAACGCAAGCACGAAGCAAGGAAAGAGAGAGACCAAGACGGACAGCUGAAACCCACCCAAAGCAAAGACGCAACCUCCUCCCGUUCCCCCUCCCCACCUCGAGCCCUCUCCCCUUCUCUCCUCUCUCUCUCCCUCUUCUACCCAUUCUUCCUCCCUCUCACCUCUCUCCCCUCCCUCCCCUCUCUCCUUCCUCUCCUCUCCCUCACCCCUCUCUCCCUCCUCUCUCUCUUCCCUCUCCCUCUCUCUCCUCUCUAUCUCCUCCUCAUCUCUCUCCUCCCUCUCCCCAUCUCUCUCCCUCCUCCUCUCUCUCCAGUCGGACGUGUGCUUGCCAGGGUGUGGACCCGGACACCUGCGGCGCUUCCUUCUCCUUCGGCUGCUCCUGGAGUAUGUACUUCAACGGCUGCAAGUUCGCCCGCAGCAAGAUCCCCCGCAAGUUCCGCCUGCUGGGAGACGUACCGCAGGAGGUUAGGACCAGGACACUCCAGUCAAACUGUGUCAAACUCCAGUCCUCUAGGGCCAGCCACAGUGGCAGCAGAUUUUCAUCCUUGCACUUAUUUGCCUACUUAAAGAUGCACUAUGCAGAAAUCGCUCUGCCAUUUCCUGGUUGCUAAAAUUCAAAUCGUUCGCCUAAUUUUAGUUUAUGUUACAAAACAAGCAAGUAUAGUGUAGAGAAUCAAUGUACCAUCUAAACCGCUGUGAAAUAUAUUUUCCAUAACCAAAAAUAUUGUAUUUUCAGCUGUUUGAAGCUGGUGUACAAAACCGAAAGUAAAAGACGCCAAAACGAAACUUAAGAAUGGGAAGCAUAGAAAUACUGCACAUAGAACAGAUCUACCGCUUCUUAGACUUGCUUUCAAUGAGACUGACAGAUCUAUAACUGACAUUUCUAAGUGAAUUUGGUCAGGUCAGAGCUAUCUUAAGGUUAAGGGAAAGAGCGAUAAAGCAGCAGACAAUGUGGCGCUCCAGGAAUUGAUUUGAGAGCCUGGUCAGAAAAUAAACCCUAGCCCCUUCCCUAUAUGCCUAGACCCUAGCUCUUUGCUUUGCUAAUCUAAGUCUUGUUCUAGCUUUACAAACAAUGGUUUAGAAUAGAUAUUCCUCAGUGAAUAGUCUUCUUGGCAUGUUAAAAUGGUUAAUAGACACCACCUAGUGGCCUCAGGUGGGUAUGACAACCAAAGUCAGACGAGGACAACAGUGGCUGAAACAUUUCUGGGAUUCUCCUUUAACAUCUGUUCCUAUUCGUAUUUGUCCCACUCUACCUCUGAUCUGUGUCUGUCUGUGUGUUGUUCAGGAGGAGAAGCUGGAGCAUCGUCUGCAGAACCUGGCUACAGACCUGGGUCCUGUCUACCAGAGACUGGCCCCGGAGGCUUUCCAAAACCAGGUGGAUCUGGAGCAGGCGGGCCAGGACUGCAGGCUGGGUCGGAGGGCGGGCCGACCUUUCUCCGGGGUCACAGCA